CACUGUACAACGAAGUGUUACGUUUGAUCAAAGUUUAGCCACGAAACCUACCAGUGCAUAGCACCAGCGUUUAAUCAGUACUCUAGAUCUCAGUGCUUGCAGAACGCAACAAUGGAGAUUGUAAUUCGAGCCGUUCGAUAUUUUUCUCAGCGUCAUUUCUUUCGCGAGGAACCAAUGUGCAAGGCGUCCUCGUUCCUGCAGGACCAGCCAUCCGUAAAGGAAUACCUGGAGCUUGUGCAUACGUGGAUAAAGGACACCACGAGCCUGAUCGCCACUAGCCUGACAUCCGGUCGCGUGGUCGGUGUCGCAGUCAUGAAGAUCGACAACGAGGCAGAUAAAACGAACACUUAUAAUCGCGUGCAGGACCUGCAAGGCGAAAGUCUCAAGAAGAUUAUGCACUUGAGGAACACCUUGAUCCGACAAACGAAUCCGCACAAGCAAUUCGCUCAGAAGGAGUACGUCACUAUUUACAUUCUCUACGUGCACCCAUCUUAUCAACAGAGAGGAGUUGAAGUUGCACUUCUCAACGGUUGCGUGCAAGCAGCGGUCACGUUAAAAAUGCCAGCGAUCGGAGGUAUUUUCACUUGCGGCAUGAGUCAAUCGAAGGCACAGAGCGUGGGCUUUCAACUUCUCUCGGAAAUACGUUACAGUCAGUGGAUCGUCGACGAUCGAGUCAUCUUCGACGAUCCAGGAAGAGGAAAUUACUCGGCUGCCUUUAUGGGCAAGACAAUACCGCUCAAGUAACAAUAAACUAUCAAGUAUCGUCUGUCGGUGACUUCCUCGUUCAGAACAGAGCCUCGAUAAAUUGUUCGAAAACCAUUACGUAAAAUGAUACAAAAAGAAGGUAUAAAAUAAUUAAGAAAUCUAUAAGAUGUUUGGAAUAAAUUUUAGGAUUAAAUGGUUAAAGAAAAUCGAAAUAAUCACCUAUAUAA